GGGAGGCGCGACGGUCUUGAUGGUGAUUGGCGGGAGGCGGCGCCGGGGCUGAUUGGUGCGUUGGCGCCCAUCGCCAUGUUGUGUCGCUGCGAGGAACGAAGCGGGGCCUUGGGGGGAAGGUGGAAACUGUACCGUUGGGAGUGAACAAACAGCCACAACUUUCCUAACGACGAAAUUGAUUGAGACCAUGGGGACAGAGACUGGUGAAGAAGGGCCACCCAGUUUGGAGUACAUCCAGGCCAAAGAUUUAUUUCCACGGAAGGAUCUGGUGAAGGAAGACGAGGACUUGCAGAUUCCUUUUCCGGUACUCCAGGGUGAAGGUGUGGAAUACCUGGGCCGUGCAGAUGAUGCUAUAAUUGCUAUUUCCAAUUAUAGACUGCACAUUAAAUAUCAGGACUCUUUAAUCAAUACCUUUCUGCAGGGUGUGGACGGUGACAUCUCAGUGCCUGUGCGGUUAAUUGAAGCUGUUGAGAGCCGGGACAUGUUCCAGCUUCAUAUCGUCUGUAAAGAUUCUAAGGUGGUCAGAUGUCAUUUUUCUACAUUUAAGCAGUGCCAGGAAUGGCUGAAGAGAUUAAACAAAGUAAUUGCUCACCCGACCAGAUUGGAGGAUUUGUUUACUUUUGCAUAUCAUGCUUGGUGCUUGGGAAUCUGUACUGACGAGGAAGAAACACAUGUGCAUCUCUGUCAUCCUGGAGAGCAUGUCUGUCACCGGUUUGAGAUGGAAGUGGAGAGAAUGCGUUUUGAUCUGCAAAAUGUUUGGAGAGUCAGUGAAGUCAACUGCAAUUACAAGUUAUGUGCAAGUUACCCUCAAAAAUUCCUCGUUCCAGUGUGGAUCACAGAUAAGGAACUUGAGAGUGUUGGAACCUUCAGGUCUUGGAAAAGGAUUCCUGUGGUUGUUUACAGACAUCUGCGGAAUGGGGCUGUGAUAUCACGCUGCAGUCAGCCAGAAAUUAGUUGGUGGGGUUGGAGGAACGCAGACGAUGAAUAUCUGGUAACUUCCAUUGCAAAAGCCUGCAUUUUGGAUCGAGGAACAAAGAUGAGUGGAAAGGGCAAGAAUGAGGGAACUGAUCUGUCUGAUGCAGAAUUUGAUUCAUCCAUUACAGGGUCAGUGGCAGAGAGUGGAGGAACACCGCAGAAGUUACUUAUUUUGGAUGCAAGGUCAUACACUGCAGCUGUAGCCAACCGUGCAAAGGGUGGAGGUUGUGAGUGUGAAGAAUACUAUCCAAACUGUGAAGUGAUGUUCAUGGGAAUGGCAAAUAUUCAUUCAAUCAGGAAUAGUUUCCACUCACUCCGAGCUGUAUGCAGUCAAAUGCCAGACCCUGGAAACUGGCUUUCAGCGAUGGAGAACACCAAGUGGUUACAACAUUUAUCUGUGAUGCUGAAAGCAGCUGUGUUGGUGGCAAAUAUGGUGGAUCGGGAAGGAAGACCAGUCCUUGUGCACUGCUCUGAUGGCUGGGAUCGCACUCCACAAAUAGUAGCAUUGGCCAAGAUUCUCUUGGAUCCUUAUUAUAGGACAAUUGAGGGAUUCCAGGUUCUGGUGGAAACUGAGUGGCUGGAUUUUGGUCACAAGUUUGGUGAUCGUUGUGGUCAUUCUGAAAAUCAGGAUGACCUGAGUGAGCAGUGUCCAGUAUUUCUGCAAUGGUUGGACUGUGUUCAUCAGCUUUUGAAGCAGUUUCCAUGUCUCUUUGAGUUCAGCGAUGCAUUCCUAGUGAAGCUGGUUCAACACACCUAUUCAUGUCUGUAUGGAACAUUCCUCUGUAACAACAGCAGAGAGCGAGAGGCACGUAACAUCUAUAAGCGUACAUGCUCAGUGUGGUCCUUACUGCGAACUGGCAACAAAAACUUCCAGAACUACCUGUAUAUCCCCAGCACGGAAACGGUUUUACAUCCAGUAUAUCAUGUUCGGGCACUUCACUUGUGGACAGCUGUUUACCUGCCCAUUUCAUCUCCAUGCACACCCAUUGACAGUGCUGACCUCUGCCUUUCCCGUGGUAGAGCAGCAGAGGAUCGAGCUGGGAAAUCACUGGACAGAUUACCAAAAGCACGUUCUGUGGACAAUCUUCCCUUGGCCUGUGAGAGUGGAACUCCACUUGCAAGAACAUCCAGUGAUCCUAAUAUAAACCAGCAUUGUCAGGAAGAACGUAAUUCUCCAGAACCCAGAAACACACCUGUGUUUGUUGUACCUGAUGUGCCUGAUGUAACUCGUGAGCUUGAAGUUGGGGCUGGAACAUCUCUCUCAGAAAUGAAAUCAGAUGGUCCAGUGGAAACUGCAAAGGAAGUUAGAGAAGAAAAUCUGGUUAAUGACCUACCUCCUAAUACUGAAGAGGCAGAAUCGGCAGAUGUCCAAAAUCAAACUGAGAAAACAGUUUGUGGUAGUAACCUCAAUUCAUUGACCUAUCCCAAAGAUGCUCUACAAGAGAAGCCUUCAAAUAAUGUUCACCCUCAUGCAACUGCAAACCGUGAGAUGGAGGUAAAAGAACUUGGAAUUACUCCAAAAAUUGAAUUUACAGAGGAAAACGUGAAAGAACAUAGGAUUUGUGAGAAUUGUCCUGGCCAAUUUGAACAAAAUGUACCAAACCCAUCUGCAAAGACCAUUCCCUUAAGUGCUGAGCAUUCACCAGAAUAUACUGGCAGCCCUUCUGCUUUCCAACCCUACCUUCAUUCCAUGGCAGAUAUAUUUAACGUCAAGGAAACAAUUUUGGCGAUGAGCAGCUCCACAGAGACGGUGACUGAAGAGAGGACAAAAACAGAUGGCUUAUCCCUCCCUAAGGACUUGAGUUUUGGGAAAAACAAUAUACUUGUAAAUAGACUUCAUUCUGAAGUGGAACAGUACAGGGUCGGCCGAACUGGAUCGGAGAGUGUGCGAACUUUCAGAAAGCAUGUUUGUCACAGUCAGUUCAGUGACUUUUCAUUGCUCAACUCAAAUUGGGAUAGCGUACAGGGCUUGGUAAAAUCAGCCUACAGUGGUGAUUCAAACCAUAGGAAAGCCAGACUGAAUGGUUGUCAUUAUAAAAGACUAAGUAAUAAGCACCUGAAGGUGGGGUCUGCAGUGAAUGGACAGUACCUGCUCAAGGAGGAACAAGUAGGACCAUUUAAAAAUCUCCGACAGUCCCACCAAAUCCACUCUAGCCUUUAUUCAUUAGGGUCAAAUAUAAAGACUUGUGGUUUUCUCACUCAUUCAUCACAUUGGAGACAGCCUCAACCGGUUCGUCAUACUGUCACUACUACGUUGGAGACUUCUCCAAGCUACGUCGAUGACGAUGGAUUGCCAUUUCCCGUGGACGCCGUUCAGCAGAGGUUGCGUCAGAUUGAGGCAACAUACAAGCAGGAGGUUGAGUUGCUUCGCCGGCAGGUUCAUGAACUUCAGAUGAGAUUAGACAGUCAACAGUACUGUACCUCUCCUGCGGAGAUUGACAUUGAUUAUGGGGAUGACUUUACGUGUCUGAGAGAAUCGGAUGACAGUGAUAUUGAAGAAUCUCUCUCCAUCCACAGCGAUGACCAGCGUUCGGAAGCAAGUUGGGAACCUGUGGAUCGGAAGGAGACUGAGGUCACUCGAUGGGUUCCUGACCAUAUGGCGUCCCACUGCUUUAACUGUGAUUCGGAAUUCUGGUUAGCCAAAAGGAGACAUCAUUGCAGGAACUGUGGAAAUGUGUUUUGUGCCAACUGUUGCCACCUGAAACUGCCCAUUCCAGAUCAGCAGCUAUAUGACCCUGUGCUGGUGUGUAACUCCUGCUAUGAUCAUGUUCAAGCUUGCCGCACACGGGAUAUCAUGAGUCAACAGCUGAAGAAGCCGAUUGCGACUGCAUCCAGUUAAAGUGGCAUUCUGCCUUCCCUGAUUUGUGCCGUAAAGCUUCUGUCAUCCAGGAAGCUUGACGUUUGGCCAGCUGGGUCCCGCAGAAACAAACAACACUGCAAAUCCCAGCUGGAUAGCUGUUUGGAAGAUCGAAAAUACCGAUGUAAAAAAAAAAUGCUGCUACAACAAGCUCUUAACCUGUGCACUAUGAACUUUGGAUGUGGAAGGGUAGUAGGCAGGGAAAAGAAACAAAUACAUUUCUAACUGAUGUGCUAUUGAGGAUUGAAAAAAAUGUCUAAUUCAUGUGUAAAGAGUUUGUGAGAUAUGGAGACUGUGUGGUGUUCUGUUUCCCAAUUGCUUACACAGCUAUUGCAACAGCGAGCUACUUCUGUGCCUCAGUAAAAACACGAUAGUUAGAAUUGUGCAAAAACUAAUUGUACAACAUAAGGUACAUACAUUUCAUCAGCCUUUCAACUUGCAUUAAACUGAGGUACUGUGGCUGUUGUUGAAGUGACAGACCCAAAAUCUCAUUCCUCCCAGUUACUUUCGUGUUGCACAGAUACCAUUUUUCCAAUCUUUUUUUAUUUAAUACUUUUGGAAAAAAAAAUGAUGAAAGGCAAGUGAUAAAAUGUGUGAUGCUUCUGGGGAAAGGGGGGCUGAACAUUAAUAUUCUACCAGUUAGUCCCAUCGAUCUUGUGUUGGGGUACAAGGUAUUCCUCCACAGUUUAUUAAUUCAUGCCCUUUCCUAUUUUCCCCUUUCUCUUGUAUUAGAUAGCAAGAUUUUUUUUCUAAGAACUGGAAACAUUUACAAGUCUGGAAUAAAAUCAUUUUCAAUGACUGACCACACCAUCAACUGCCUUUUCAUCAUCUCCCUUCACCCCUUCCCCCCCCCCGCCCCACAUUUCAUCCCUGGUAUAAGUUACACAUUUGAUAAUCUUGGAUGUGGAAGUUUAGCCUAACUUUCCACCCUUUGGCACAUGAGAGCUCUGUAUGCAAAUUACACGUAGACAGGACCCAUGGAAUUCUAAUGUGGGGCUAUUGAUCAUUUGUAUAAAGGGGAAGAUAGGUUGGUUUUCUUGCUUCACUGUGCCUUUCUUCUAGCUCUCUUUGGUCACUCAUGUUGGGUUACACCCUUCAAUUUUCUCCCUGUGCUCAUGUGAGUUCUGAAUGGUUAGGUUUCUGUAGCACUCCAAAGUCUAUGUUUGUUGGAUGGGGUCUGCCAAGACUAUCCUUAAUGCAGAGGAGAAUGUUAUUGAGGUUCUUCUUGGUUUGUCCCUCGGAUCAAGGAUGACUAGUCUAUAUCCUGGUUUUGUAGGUUCUCAGGCGGUUAAUGAGGCCAAUGUGGAACUGUAGACUAUUCCACCGAUGGGGCAGGUGGGUGUGUAGUUGGGUGGUGCCUUCCGAAUGCUGCUUCUACAGGGCUUGUCAAUGCAAUCCCUGAUGCACCUAACCACUUGAUCUAUUUGGGCCAAGAGAUUCCUAAGCGUCAGAUGUAUUUUGCAACAGGGUUUUGAAUAAGAUCGGUUUCUGAAGGAAUAUUGUAGGUGCCAAUAAUCUGUAGGCCUUUGCAGUUUAUUUUCAUACAGCAUGCACAAAUUGAAAAGAUGUUUGUGACUUUAAAUGUAUGUCUGUAAAACACCCAUGAUUAAGAAAGUGCAAAUGAAGAUGUGUGAUCAACACCUUACUCAAUUCACAUUAAAAUCAAAAAGCUGAGAAAUUUUAAUAGAUUGAUAAGGGAGUUCCUGAUCAAUGCUUUAUUUUUGUAUUGACCCUCAAUAGUGUCUCUUUUCCGCUUGUCUAGCAGACUCCAUGUGUUUUAAUUUCCCAAAUGAAAUGUAAAAUUCACAGGCCCCAAGUUAAAAUUGGGAAGGAAUCUUGCUGCUGAUAAUAAAACUCUGUAGCAGA